UUUUCUUCAUGGCCAGCUAAAAGCCCCUGGAAGAGCCUUCCAGCGCUUGGACGGACUCUUUUAAAGAGGUGUCUUUCUGCAAGACACCGUAUUGUUCACUUGUGCCUUCCAAGUACUGGACAGUGAAAAUCUCCUCCUUGUUACUUCAAACCUAAAUCAAGAUGAACGCCGCCGCACUUCUAUUUAUGGCAGUAGUCAUCAUCGGGUCGACGACCGGACAAUUCUAUGGAGUAGACCCUUAUCGCCAAUAUGGAGGAGGAUACCGGCCAUACCGACCAUCCUAUGGAGGCGGAUAUAGGCCAGGCUACGGCGGUUAUCGUCCUUAUAGACCACCAGGAGGUGGUUAUUAUGGUGGCUAUCCUGACGGUCAUCAUCCUCACUACCACAACCAUGGGUACCCUGUUGACGGUGGUUAUGUCCCCAGUCAAGGAGGAGUUGCUCCCGUUGGUCCAGGGCCAGCUGCCCCAGUUGCCGUAAAUCCAUCGGGCGCCCUGGCUCCUGGAUCAGCGAAUGCUGGAGGUGCGGGUAAUGGAGCUGUACAGAACGGUCAGGCGGUUGGCACAGGAACAGGAGUAGCGAAUGCUGGACCAGGUGGAUUCGGUAUAGGUCUCGGUAUUGGAUUAGCCGUCGCAACACCUUUGGGAAAUAUUGCUCUCGGCGAAGGAAACAGCGUCUCUGUUGGUAAAAAAUAGGAAAACAUUCAAUUUCAGUCGCCUUUGUUUGAUCACAUGCAGUAAAAAAAACAUUGUUUCUUCUGUCAAAUUAUUUACUUACGAUGAAUUUCGCGUACCUUUCCAGUACAACCUGCUGCACAAUAAACUAUAAAUCAGUUGAAAUUUUA